AUUUAUUACAUUGUUUGUCCAAUAAAUAUUACAGACAUUGAUGAAUUUGGAAAUAAUGGAAAGAGAUAUAACGCAAAUGAAGUGGAAAAUAUGUUAACAUAUGUAUGUGAAACAAAAACAUGGAAACGUGUGUUAUGAUGAAGAAGAAUUUGCAGAUACUUUGAAGGAACUAAUAGAUGAAACCCAAAAAUCGGAUCGUAUUAGAAAUCAAGCCGAAAUAGUCUUCUUUUGUAGAAUUUUGGUACAACGAGAUUGGAGCUCACUUUAGGGUAAAAAUCAUGUGUGCACAAGAAACAAAAACUAAAAAUAAAAUUAUCUAGAAACACAUAUACAUGACGUCGGUGCAGUGCUAUUGACAUAUAAAACCCAUCAUUGAGUAUUUUCCUUGAGAAAAGUAUUAUUCGAAAAGUGUGUUUAAUCACGAAAUCACGUCUAUCAGUUAAUACAAGCAAUUGAACUUUAUUAAUCUUUUUCGUCGGGAGAUUUUAGAAAAAUUUACAAAUAAAUUCAAUAAAUCAAAAUCGAAUAAAAUUAUUAUUUUUGAUUUCAAUUUUCAACUUUUCUAUUACAUAAAUAUUAAGAUACAAAUAUAAUAUACAAUAUAUACGAUUGAAAAAUUUAAUAAUAAUUGAGUUUUACGAAUUAUCUCAAAUAUAUUCUGCCCAAACCAGAGGAGCUGAAAUCAUGCUUAAAUCGCGUAUCGAAGUGGAUCCACUUAUGGGUCGUUCUUUAGUGACUACUGAAAUUAUAAAGAAGGGUGAAAUGGUGGUAGAGGAAUCACCAUUUGCGAUUGGCCCCAAGCAGAACAGCGGCAUUGUUUGUCUGGGCUGUUAUCGUGAUUUAUUUUUCGGUGAAGAUGGUGAUUCGUUGGAUCGUUGUGAAAUAUGUGAUUGGCCAUUGUGUAGCGCUUGUUUUGAUACACCCGAUCAUAUGGGUGAGUGUGAGAUAUUUACUAAAGCUAAAGUUCAUUUUGCGGGAAAUGUAAGCGAGGAUGGAGUUUGUACACAACUUGAUUGCAUAACACCUUUGAGGGUUCUUCUUGCCAAGGAAUCUGAUCCAGAUCGUUGGGAGCGUGAAAUCGCACCAAUGGAGUACCACAACGAGGAACGUCGAAAAAUGGUUGAUGUUUGGAAUGCAGAUUUUGUAAAUAUCGCACAGUACCUUAGAGGACCAUGUCGUUUGGCCGAACGUUUUUCUGAAUAUCUCAUUAUGCAAACAGUGGGUAUCUUGGAAGUUAAUGCAUUUGAAGCUCGGACAACACUGGGAUAUACUCUACGUUGCUUAUACCCAAUUACUGGAAUAUUAGCGCAUAAUUGUGUACCAAAUACCUUUCGUACAAUACAUCCAAGUGAGGGAUUCAAGAUCCGCCUGAGGGCUAUGUGUAAUUUGGACGAGGGCCAACAAUUGCAGCACUCCUAUACAUACACUUUGAAUGGCACUUCGCAACGACAGGAACAUUUAAAGACUGGUAAAUUCUUCACUUGCGAAUGUAAACGUUGCAAAGACCCCACCGAGUUGGGUACGAAUUUUAGCACGUUCAAGUGCAGUAAAUGCGAAGAUGGGUGGUUACUGUCAACUAAUCCAUUGGAUUCUUCCUGCUGCUGGAAAUGCACACUUUGCACCUUUCAAACAUCUAAUAAUGCGAUACAGAAAGCACUAUCUGUAAUACAAUCCGAAGUCGCCACACUACAAGCUAUGGAUCCUAGUCCACAGAAAUUACAAGAAACAGAAAAGCUAAUGAGAAAAUAUCGUGUAGUUCUACACCCUCUACACUUCAUACAAAUAGGAUUGCGUCAAAAUCUUAUCGAAAUGUAUGGUCGUGUCGCAGAAUAUGAAUUGUCUGAAUUGCCCGAUGUUAUGCUUGAACACAAAGAAGAGCUAUGUCGACAAGUGUUACAUGUUUUGGAUGUCUUUGAACCGGGGUUGAGUCGAGCACGUGCUAUGAUUUUAUACGAUUUGCAUGUACCGUUAGUAUUAUUGGCCAAGAGCGGUUUUAUUGGCGGCGUUAUAACAGCAGAUAAAUUAAAGCAUAAACUUCUUGACGUUAUUGCUAUACUAAAUGAAUGUGUGGACAUACUACAGUACGAAGAUCCAGAGACACAAGAGGGGAAUUUAUGCAAAGUAGCACAGCAAGCGAAGGAUCAGCUGACACAAAGUGUGGAAGGUUUAGCAAUCGCUGAUUGAUAAUAAUAAUAAUAACCCAACGAUUACCCUCCUCCCCCCAACCGACGCGAGGGGCGCAAUCCGCAUACGUGCGGAAUUAGCCGAGUCAGAAAAGACAAGAGAGUUUUUUAAGUGUUGAGAUCUAAAACUACUCAGCUACAGAAACAAAAAUUUCAACAGCUAAGAUUUAUAGUUACAAUAUAAUAAAUUGUUAUAUUUUCAUUAAUUAAGAGAAAACAAUAAAGUAUUUUUAAUUUUGAAAAGUGAGUCAGAGAAGUCAAAUGUGUUGAAAUGAGAAUUAAAAUCAUAACAUAUACCGCGAAAUGGCUCGUUUAGUUCAAAAUUUGAUCUACAGAAUUUUAACAGUAAAGGUCUAAACUGCCUCGAAAAGCGAACCGAGAUAUUAAAUUUAAUUUCAGACAGGAGAAAAGAACUGCAAACUGUUCGAAAAGUAAAAAUUGUUAUGAACAGACUCUAACGUAAUGGGACCACAAUUUUGAUUCAUCCUCUUCAAACAUUUGUUUUACUGUUAUUUAAUAAAUUAAUCCGAAAUAUAGCUUACAAGAAAUAUUUAUAAUGGCUUAAGUUUGAUUUUAAUUGCAUUAUAUAACUACCUACAAUUUGAAGGCAUUUUACAUAUUUUACACAAAUAAAGUAUCCUAAGCACAUAACAUAAAAAUUGUUACUUAAAAAUAAA